AUGAGGCUCCCGAACCCAUUCAGCUUCCGGCCCGGGCCGGUUACUUUCUGGACGACCGCCAUCUAUCUCGCCGUCACGAUCCCGCUGAUUUACGUUCACGAGACGGUGCCACCUGCGCCAUCGGCUCACUCCCUCAGCAGGCAAGGCCUGAAUUUAAGCGAGGCAUGGGACGAUCUGCAGAUCAUCACAAAGCAGUACCAUCCGUUCAACAGCAAGGCAAACGCACAAGUCCGCCAGUAUCUCAUUGACCGUUCCAAAGAGAUCUUGGACCGGAAUGGUGUUCCUCAUAAGACUGAUCUAGCCGGUGGGGUGAUAUGGAAUCCCAGUGUCGAACGAUAUACAUCUAAGAGUCACGAUAAUUCCAACGUCGCAAGUGCGAAGCAACCGCGGGGUGCUACCAUCUUCGACGACCGGAUUUCAAACGUCACCUGGACGGUCGACUCGCUGCUUCAGAGUGCCAAAAAGGGCCCGCAGACGUGGCAGGGCUACUACUUUGAGGGCGACAACUUCUACGUCUAUAUCCACGGCCAAGAUGAUCCUGAUGACGGCUGGUGGAACUCUCAAGAUGGCGUGGCAGACUAUAGCCGAGCUGGAGGCGUUCUCGUCAACUGCCAUUUCGACUCUGUCUCGACAGGCUACGGUGCGACUGACGAUGGCAUGUCGUGCGUGAGCAUGCUGCAGCUGCUCAGCUACUUCACCACCGAGGGCCGCCAACCGAAGCAUGGCAUCGUGCUCCUCUUCAACAAUGCGGAAGAGGAUGGCCUCCUUGGUGCUCGGGCCUUUGGCUAUAGCCCGCUUCUCAAGUUCUGCCACACUUUUGUGAACCUAGAGGGGGCUGGAGCUGGAGGCCGAGCUAUGCUUUUCCGAACCACCGAUCUUCAGGCGGCCGAGGCCUAUGCCAAGAGCCCUCAUCCCUUUGGCUCCGUUGUUGCGGCAAAUGCCUUUGAGCGAGGAGUUAUCAAGAGCGGCACCGAUUUCGAGGUAUUUGCUCCAGCAUUCGGACAGCGAGGUCUGGAUAUUGCCUUUUAUGAGCCUCGCUCGCGCUACCACACCGAAGACGACGAUUCGCGUCACACUUCUGUCCGUAGCAUUUGGCAUAUGCUCUCUGCCGCUCUGGCGUCCACUGAGAGACUCUCUGAGGUUACUGGAACUGUCUUCAGUGGCGAUCGCGCAGACGGUGAUGGAAGCCUAGUCCAGAACGGCAAACCCACCGAGGGCGUCUACUUUGAUUGGUAUGGCAGCGGAUGGCUAGCUUUUCCGCUUAGAGGGCUGUUUGCGUGGUCGCUGACGCUGCUCGUCGUGACUCCCGUGGUCCUCUUUCUUGUUACGUAUCUGCUCGUCCGCCAGGACAAGUACUACUAUUUUGCCAUGGAUAUCUGGAGACACUCCGAGAUUCAUGACGAGCCGGUUGCAAUCAAUGGCUGGCGUGGCUUCUUCCGAUACCCCUUGGCGUUGAUCUUCGCUAUUGGCCUCACCAUAGCGUCGAUAUUACUCGUCGCCAAGGUCAAUCCUCUCAUCAUCUACAGCAGCGGAUAUGCAGUCUGGGCUAUGACGAUAUCCCUCUUCUACUUCAGCUUCUGGCUCAUCAUGAGAGGCGCCAACUUUGUCAGACCCACCGCUCUCCAUCGUGGAUUUGCCCUCGUCUGGCUCUUCGUCCUUUCUUGGGCCCUUCAAGUCAUUGCGGCUUUGGUUGAGGACCGCAUCCACCUUGGUGGCCUUUACUUUGCCGCGUUUUUCCACUCGGCCAUAUUUUUGGCACUCUUCAUCUCAUUGCUUGAACUAUUUGCGCUGCCCGGGAAGCAUGAAUUUGCCAACCGCUAUCAGGACGAUCCAGCUCCGGAGCAUGUCCGAGUUACCAGCUCUGACAACACCAUUACAGGCAAUGAAGACGAAGAGGAAGAUCAUGAGUACGCAGCCGAGAGUGCUACGGAAACAACACCGCUCAGAGCUGGAGAAGCAGGCUACGGGUCGAGCGACCAACCGACGUUUGCUAGCACAUACAGACGAUCAGCGCAGGCAGAGGAGUCGCCAGCUCCCUCGCCUGUGAAGAGCUAUCCUCCGUACGAACACGAACAAGCGUGGUCUGGGCGACUUCCGACUUGGACUUGGUUUAUUCAGCUCCUGCUACUUGCUCCUGUCCAUGUCAUCAUCAUAGGCAACUUGGGACUGAUACAGACUUCAUCGAUGAACAUGACUGGUGCCGACGGUGGAAGUCUGUUGGCUCCUCUGAUGGGAAUUGGGGUCAUGACGAUUCUCCUCUUGCUUCCCCUGACACCAUUUAUGCAUCGCAUCACUCGCCAUGUGCCGCUCUUCCUCUUGGUUGUCUUCAUCGCCACGUUCAUCUAUAACCUCGUCGCCUUCCCAUUCUCUACCGACUACCGAUACAAAUUGUACUUUCAAGAAGUCAUCGAUGUAGACGCUAAAACGGAUGUCGUGUCGCUGUCUGGCCUUCCAGAAUACGCUCAGGCAGUCGUUUCAUCAAUUCCAUCGGCUGCUAGCCAACACAUCAACUGUAGCGAAAAAUCAUCGAGGGCUGGCCUCACUGCCUGCAAGUAUGCCGUCUCAUCGCUAGCGCCGAAUCUCGUCGAUGGCAAAACACCAGAGGAAUUGAUCGAGGUGAAAGGCUCCAUAUUGCCUGGUGGAAGAACCGCCACGCUCCAAAUCGAUGCAGCGGAGUCCAAGAUGUGUAUCCUUGACCUUUCCCGGCCUGUAUAUGGAUUCAAAUUGGAUAAAGGACUUCCGCUAGACGAGCGAUUCGGUUCUAGCCCGCAAAACGGGAUGAAGAGCAUUACUCUCUUCAGGCGAGAAUGGAAGGGGGCGUGGGAUGUUGAGCUGCAACUGACGCGCGAUAUCCGCGAAACUGACCCCAAACCCUUCAACGUGACGGUGAAGUGCGCAUACAGCGACAUGAAUGACAAAAAGACGAUUCCGGUGCUGCACGAGCUGUACCAGUACAUGCCCAAAUGGGCGGUCAUCUCCAAGGCGGCUGUUGGUCUUGUUGAGGUCAGGAAGAAGUAUACUGUGAAGCACGGCUGA